AUGCGAAUAACAAUAUGCAUGGCAAUUGGUGUAUGCGUUUAUCCACUUGGUUGGGACUCGCCAGCUAUUCGUGCCGUUUGUGGUGCAUCUUCGUCCAGAUAUAAUCCAGGAGCGUGUGCUGUUAGAUGGGCAAUACCAUUGGCUGCAAUAGCUGCACUCGAUGCAGUUACCUUGGCAGCUCUCGCUUUCAUUCUUGCCUCAAGACACGUUAGAUUACAACCGGAACCUUUUAACAAUGGAUCUUUGUACAAAGGAGAGGUCAAUCCGGGUUAUGUAAACGAGGCUCAAAGUGUGGCUGGAUCACGUAAAUCUUUGUCCUUGAGACCUGUCCUAUUAGUAGCACCACCAGAACAAGAUCGUUACAGUGAAUUGUCAAGAGCUAAAUCACAUUCGCAUCAUAGUCUUUACACCCCGGCACCUUCGCAUCCGGUUCAUACCGUUUCAACGAAUACCUUGAAUCAUUCUCAACAUAAUUUUCAACUUUGAAUAUCUAUUUUUGUGUGUCUAUGUUUUUUUUUUCUUCUAGAUAACAAGAGUGUGUAUAUAUAUCACUAGAUUGCCCAAGGAAGAAGUCAGCCAUUUUGACUGCUUUUUCAUUUCAAUUAGAAAAAUCAAGUUAUGUAUAUAUAUAUAAUGACACAAUUUCAUAGAAUUUUGUGACCUUCUUUUUGUACAACAUAUAAAUGCGUUUAUUAAUAAUUGUAGUUACCUUCCCCCCUCUCCUUCAUUUCAUGUAUAUAUAUAUAUAUAUGUGUUAUACCUGUACUGCCCAAAAGCAGUCAUUUUGAUUGCUUAGAAAAUUGUAAAUAAUCAAAUGACUUUUUAUUAUUGAAUUGGAGUAAAUUUCUUAUAUGAGACCAGUUCGGUUCUGUAUCGAAAUAACAGUAAAUGAUAAAUUGUUGAUUUGAAUGUAUAUUUGAUGAUAAGUUGCAGUUGUUCAAUAAGUAUUAGUAUGAUCGAGGAAAAAUUACAAAGCGUAGCCAGGCACAGCGGUGUGUGGGGAUAGCUGCGGGCUUGGUAUAUGAUGUACAAAUAAUAAUGAAUAUAAUUAUUUCUUUUUUCUUUUUCUAACAAAGUAAAUUUUCUCUUGUUCAUAUUUAAUAAUAACUUCUUAUAUAUAAUUGUAUAAAUAAUUAGUAAUUCUUUAACAAUGCAGUCAUUUUGAUUGAUUUUAGGUAAUACAGGUAUAUACUAAGUUUCAAUCUUUCUAGUGAUAUACAUACGUUUAAUUGUCCAUGACACAAUCUUUUAUUAUUAUUAUUAUUAUUAUUAGCGAAUAAUGGCUAAUAUGUUGUCGAAUUGCUUUGAACAAAAAUCAAUUUUUUUUUAGAAAUGUGAUAUAUAUAGCUACUAAAUGUUAUUCAUAUAUAUAUAUAUAUAUAUAUAUAUAUAUAUGUAUCUAUGCUAUAUAUGAAUUUGGAAUAGUUUUAUUAACCCUUCCGUUAUAAGGGUCGUACAUGCUAAGGUCUUGUAUGUUAUGAACUAUCAACCCAUAUAGGAGUUGUAUACUAUAUUAAUUUUCAUGAAAUGUAUACUCAUGUAUCAAAGCAUGACAGUAAUGAAAAAGUUAAUGAGAGAAUCUAUUUUUGAUUUUCCAAGGAUACUAUUAUACAUU